AUACGAACACAGCUCUCGUUUUUUCCCGGAGUUCACAGUUGUCUUGAAAGCGCAACUGUAUAAACUACAGUAUUCUCAUGAGAUAUACAAAGCAGACGGAAACGUCGAGCUACUACGUAUUCUCAGCAUAACUGUUACAGAACCGAUAAAUCAAAAACGGCUACCCCAGCAGGAAAUAGGUCUCGGGAACCGGGCCGGCUACAUGGAGAACGGGCGAAAGAUGGACACUGUAGAACAAUGCGACGAUGAUACACAAAGUAAUUUAUCCAGCGACAGUGAAGACACCUGCAUGUUCUGUAUGAUUGCUAAAAACCAAGACAAGGACACUGAAAUUGUGAAACAGGUAAUACAGUUGUUUACAAUCACUUUGGCACUAAUUUCAGAACCUUGACGUCAUUUUUCAAAACUCUAGACACAAAACUCACAACCAAUGAUCAAAAUGCACAUUUUUCAAAACUCUUAACACUUUUUUCAAUUGCUUGGAUACAAUACACAUAAAACUAAGAUAAUAUGUUCAUUUAACAAAAAUCACCUGUUCAAUAUGACACAACUUAACAUCAAAGUACUACUAUUUCAAAAGGCAAUUCACACAUUACAUUUCAGAUGAGUGUCUAUUCAUUUCAUUACAAUUAUCCAACUAUCAAUUGAUACAACUGCUCAAAAUGAUAAGUAACUGUUGCAUUGCUCUUAAUGCAUAGUUGUAUGGAAACAGACAAACAAUAUUCCAUGUUUAGAUCAUGAAAGUUUCAAAGUAACGAGAUUCAUUGUCUCCAAUUAGCGUGGAGCAUGAACCAAUUAGACUACAUUAUCUAUGGAUGUAAUAUUUCAUCAUCAUUCUUUAUCAGACACCGUUUCUAUGGUCCCCUUGUAACCUUCCUUGAUGAGCUCGAUCAGGUCUGUAGAGCUGAUGGCGUGACCUAUGUCAUUGUGUGGGAUAAUGUCAGGUUCCACCAUGCUCAUAUGGUGCAAGCAUGGUUUCAGGCCCAUGCACAAUUUACCACCCUGUAUUUACCCCCAUACUCUCCUUUCCUUAACCCGAUUGAGGAAUUUUUCUCCACAUGGAGAUGGAAGGUUUAUGAUAGGCGCCCUCAUGAACAAGUCACUCUUCUCCAGGCCAUGGAUGACGCAUGCAAUGACAUCACGGCAGACCAGUGUCAGGCCUGGAUUCGCCAUGGCCAAAGGUUUUUUCCAAGAUGUUUGGCUAAUGAAAACAUCCAUUGUGAUGUAGAUGAGAACCUGUGGCCAAAUCCUCAAGACAGAGUUGAUGAAAAUGUAGAAGUACAGUAAUCACUCCUAUGUUUUGCUUUUUACAGUACAAGCAAGCAAGUUGAAGAACACUGCAUUUGAUGUUUUACAGUAAUGUAUUGUUUUUCAUCAAUAUAUUUCAGAUUUUGUUCAGUGAUUCCACUGUGUCUGUAGUAUUCUCUCUACUACUGCAGUACUUUUACAGGGAUGUAUUUACAUGUAGUACCAUAAUGAAACAUGUAUCACCUAUUUUGUACUACAAUAUUUAAUGAUCGUACGAACAAUGACACAGUGAAACUAUCGGUUGCUUGUGUGUGGGUGAUCUAAAUUAACGUUUCAUUGUUAUUUCACAAUAAAUUUGUUUUUUGAACCAAUGAUUGUGCAAGUGCAAGAUUUCUUUAAAGAUAUGAAUGCACAAUCCAAUGUUUUGAACAUUGGACAGCCUGUGUUACAAGUGAUGACCGUUUUGAGUUUUGUGUCUAGAGUUUAGAAAAAUGACGUCAAAGUUCUGAAAUUAGUGCCAAAGUCAUUGUAAAAAACUGUAAUCUCUCGUGGGGAUGGGCUCGUAAGCAAGCAUUUCACGGUCAAGUCUAUACCCGUUGUAUUCAGCGCAUGUGACAAAUAAAAUUAGAUUUGAUUCAAUUUUGACACUUAUUUAGUUCUGUGUUACCGAGAUUAUGAAGCGGGUAAAAUACAUACAGAAUGAUAGAGGCCUCUAGUGGCAUGGGGCAGCGCCAUUGAGCGCUCCCACAAUUUUAAUGUAGCCAACUGGGUGGGACUCAAGGGGCCAGGGUUCAGGUCCAGAAGCACUUUUUUGGCUGCUCCUACAGUUUUACAUUUUAGUCAUUUAGCAGACGCUCUUAUCCAGAGCACAUCGGCAGAUGUUUCACCUAGCCAGCUCGGGGAUUAGAACCAGCGACCUUUCGGUUACUGGCACAAUGCUCUUAACCACUAAGCUACCUGCCGCCCGGCCCAGAAAGACAAUUUCCAUACACGUACACAUAGAGAUUAAAGAAUUCCUAAUAAAACACUAGUCAUCACCUUUGUGCACAAACUUUUUCAUCACACACAGUCGAAGAUAUUAACAUUUUAUAUUCAUCCAAUAGAGUACCACAGUGAGUUAUAAUACCAUAAAACCUAGCGAUCAAACAAGGAAGUGGUUCCAAUAGUUUUUUCCACCAUUCAUUUUUCCCAUAUGGGAUUUUAGAAACACUUAAAAUAAGGGCUCUGUUUUGUGUAGGUUUACCCUGGCGUGACGUUUUGAUAACCGUGUAAAUCUCUAUAGGACAAGGUGACUUUUAUAAAAAUAUUCACCUUUAUUUAGACCCUAAAAUGAAAUGCUAAUUAGCUGCUAGUGUAACCUUUGUGAAAUGGCUAGCUAGUUAGCGGUGCGCAUUAGUAGCGUUUCAAUCGGUGACGUCACUCGCUCUGAGACCUUGAAGUAGUUGUUUUCCUUGCUCUGCAAGGGCCGCGGCUUUUGUGGAGCGACGGGUAACGGUGCUUCGAGGGUGACUGUUGUUGAUGUGUGCAGAGGGUCCCUGGUUCAAGCCCAGGUAGGGGUGGGGUGAGGAGAGGGACGGAAGCAACACUGUUACACUAGUGUGGCUAUCAUAAAGAACUACAAAUACCAUGAUGAUCUGGACGAGACUGCCAAAUUGAGGGAAAUGUAAGAAUCUCAGGAUUAACUAUCUAAUGUUAGCUAAACAUAGUAGUUAAUAAAUUGGCUGAAUUUCUUUAAAUGGACAAUUCUUUGUACUGUCUUGUGCAAGUUUUUAAUUGACACAAUACCUGUUAGCAAAGAUGUCAGCUAGAGAUGACAUGCAGGGAUUUUUAGUUUUGCAUGAUGUCUACUUUGAUGGUAAUUAUCAUUUUCGAAUCUGAGAGUAAAUAGAGCCGAAUAUAUUGAUAAAAGUCACCUCAUCCAAGAGAGAUUUACAUGGUUAUCAAAAUAUUACGCUAAGGUAAGCCUACACGAAACACAGCCCUUAUUUUAAGUGUUUCUAAAAUCCCCUAUGGGAAAAAUGGAUGAUGGAAAAACGAUUGGACCCAUUUUUCUGUCUGACCGCUAGGUUUUGUGGGUUUUAUGACACCCCCACUGUGGUGCUCUAUGUCUGCCAUGUUUUUGGAUGACGUUGUUGCUGCUUGCCAUGCACACUGAGUGCGCAUGUGAUGUUGGUCAGUAUCAGGGUGCCCGUUAGGAAAAUGUGUCGCACGGUGCUAAGAAUGCCAGAAAUGACGUUUAGUUUAUGGUAAUUGAUCUUAACAUAACAUGCAACAGCGUGCGUCGUUAUUACCGAAUUGCGAUGAUCAAUUUGAAGAUGUUAGAAUACAUAGGCGACGGGCCCAUAAGGCUGGGGGAAGCUUUCCCCUAAAGUAAAUUGAAUUAAAUUGCCAGAAUUAUAUAGCCUAAAUAGCUUACUCCUGUCUAUACAUAAAUAAAUACAAUCAUUCAAAAUAGGCUAAUAUAACGUUUUGUGCAAGAAAGAAAUGGCCUAUUCCAAAUACAAACAGACUCUGCGACAGUUGUGGGACGAUAGAUCCCAAAUUCAUACAACCAGUAGGCCUAGGCUACAUCCUUCCCCAAAAAACGUUAAAAAGCAACGAAGCUCAUGCAACAGAUCAGAACGUUUAGCUUAAAAUGUUUAUAUUAUUUCUUCACAUUAUAAGCGCAGCAAUGCACACAAGGCAGUAGGCUAUGCACCAUUGUUUGUUCGUUCCAUAAUGCAAUUAGCAGGAAAACACCAUUGUCAAAAGGGCACUGCACAUGCGAGCAGUUUCAUAUGACAGAUGAAAAUAUCUGUUAGAAAGAGGGUAGAUUUAAAGAUGCAAAAACUAUCAUGGGUUGCUAAUAUGACUAGGAUUGUGCUACUGGACAGUGAAAUAAAGUUUUGGCAAGGCUACUUCGAAGCAGGUAAGACAUGCCUCAUCAUAUGAAGUAAAACGUUAAUUGCAAAGUGGUGUGAUGCGCUGAUGCCUGCCUACAGUUGCCUGUGCACUUGAAUGGCGAAUGGGAAGCCAUCAAAACUGUAUUUAGAAUUGUUGUGCAAUGAUUAGGCUUAUAAAAGCAUAUGUUUCAAUCCAGCAGCAACUAAUACACUGUUUGAGGAGAUGUAGCAGCAGCUCGUGCUGUCUGACAGAUUUUCUGCUCAAACUAGGGUCUGUAUCUGUAUGCUGUGCGUGUCUGAUAAAUAAGAUACAUAACGACUAACAAAAAUAAACACACCCCAAUUUAAUUCCACUAAAUUAUGCAAAUUAACCUAUAUACCGAUAAGCAUGACCGGUCAAAUGUAUUUACAUUGACUGGUAUUUCCAUCAAUUAAUAGGCUAAAAAGCAUUGUUUUGCAAUGGGAUUUUUUUUCUUCUCCUGGACAAUUAGCCAGCAGAAUUUUUAUUUAUUGGCUUUUAUUUUUUUUGUGGGGGGCCAAAAGCUAUUACUGGAAUUUAGAACAGUGUUUAGUGGUCACUUCUUCCUACUCCAUUGAAGGUCUCCAUUUCUUUUGUUAAUCUUUUUUACAGGAUUCUGAGCUAGUCUGCUUUCGGGACAUUUGCCCCGCUGCCCCACAUCACUACCUGGUUGUGCCAAAACAACAUAUAGUGAGCUGCUUCUCUCUCUUUAAGGAGCACAUAAAGCUGGGUGAGGAAUGAUUCAACCAAUAACUAAUGUUACAUGAAAUACUGUGCCUUUUUGAAAUGCAUAUACUGUACACAAUUGAACGUUCAUUGAUUAUUAAUUGGUUUAUAUGGCAGUUGAGAGGAUGGCUGAGAUGGGGAGGGCUGUGUUGCAGGAAAAUGGCAUUACCAAUCCAAAUGACAUCAGGUAUAAAGUAUCCUGUGUUUGUGGGUGAGAGAGAGAGAGAGAUCACAUCAUCAUGUAUGUUCAUGCUUGUAUUUUCAAGUCGCUGGUCUGGUAGGUUCAGUGAUCUUGUCUGUCUGUCUACAGGCUGGGGUUCCACAUACCUCCAUAUAUCUCUGUACCUCACCUCCACCUCCAUGUCCUCGCCCCGACAAGUGAGAUCACUGACGACUUGGCACACAAGUUCACACCAGGCACAAUGAGGUUCUUCACAGUGAGUGCAAAUUUUGACACAUUCAGUAGGCUAUACACACACGGUGACAUACAGUAUAUACUGAACAAAUAUAUAGACGCAACAUGCAACAAUUUCAACAAUUUUACUGAGUUAGUUCAUAUAAGGAAAUCAGUCAAUUGAAAUAAAUAAAUUAGGCCCUAAUCUAUGGAUUUCACAUGACUGGGCAGGGGAGCAGCUAUAGAGAAUGAGUUUUUCCCCACAAAAGGGCUUUAUUACAGACAGAAAUACUCCUCAGGUCUCAGACGAUCCUGCAGGUGAAGAAGCCGGAUGUGGAGGUCCUGGGCUGGCGUGGUUACACAUGGUUUGCGGUUGUGAGGCCGGUUGGACGUACUGCCAAAUUCUCAAAAACGACGUUGGAGGCAGCAUAUGGUAGAGGAAUGAACAUGCUUUUUGUGCGCGUGGAACAUUUCUGGGAUCUUUUAUUUCAGCUCAUGAAACAUGGGACCAACACUUAACAUGUUGCGUUUAUAUUUUUGUUCAUAUAGUUGCAGAACACACUUUCAUAUACAGGUGAACACACAGAUACCCAUACAUAAUGUGUCUUCAGUCAGUGUAAAAUGUAAAUUUCCUGCAGGAGGAUUUAUUGCGCAGGACCCUUGAAGAUGACCUCUGCCGAUUGGUCUGUACAGUGGAGCCAGAUCAUUAUCAUAUGCUUUGAUGCAUCAGUGGGAGAUGGCUCUUUGAGUGAGCUGCAGCCUGUCUGCAGGGUCAGAGAUGUGAGAAUGGGAGAAUUUAGCGAAAAGGGCUAAAACAUGCUUUUGUUUUGUUAUUUAGGGACCUAAACACAAUUGUGAAAGCAUAGUAUAGUCUUCCAAAGAAUAUCAAUAAAUAUGUUUUCAGAUAAGUUAAAGGAAUAGAUAGGAAUUUUUGUUUUUAAUGAUAUUUAGGAGAGGCUUUUGACACUUCCACUUUAAGGAUUCCUGGGGUUUGUUUGCUUUUUGGAGGGGGGUAAUAAAACAGAUUGGUGU